GUUGGUGCAGUGCAAGAACAAGUUCAUCUGCUGGUCGACCCCUCUCUUAAAAGGCCAGACAGUUUCGCGGCCUCGAUGAAAUCAUUCAAAUUGUAACCUUCAAUCAUACAAUUAUUUGUGACAUUUCCACUAUUCUUCCUCGGCAUUCUUGUAAUUGAUCACCAUCUACUUUCAUCAUGCCUCAAACGCAAAAAGCUCGUGUACCGGUCAUUUUCGGUGCCAUGACGUUUGGCAGAGAAGGGGUUGAGCAAGCGCGUAUCCACGAUCUCAAGGAAGCUGGUGCCAUGCUGGAUCUCUUUCAGGAACACGGUGGUACAGUUGUUGAUACAGCUCGUGUGUAUGCUCAAGGUUCCUCUGAAGAAUACCUUGGGCAGCUGGACUGGCAAGCUCGAGGUCUCCGAGUUGACACCAAGCUAUACCCCAAUAUUCACGAUGGGACUGGUAAAAUCACUCAUUCUGCCGAUGAUCUUCGGAAGCACCUAGAUGAGUCUCUCAAGGCCCUCAAGACCGACAAGAUAGAUCUCUGGUAUCUCCAUGGACCAGACCGCGACACCCCAUUUGAGGAGACUCUCAGAGCUUGUAAUGACCUGCACAAGGAGGGCAAGUUCAACAGGCUCGGAGUGAGUAACUACAUGGCUUGGGAGGUUGCCUAUAUGAGCGAACUGUGUAUUCGUAAAGGAUGGAUUCGACCUACGGUUUAUCAAGGAGUAUACAACGCCAUCCACCGCACAGUUGAAAUGGAGUUGUUUCCUUGUCUUAGACACUACGGAAUCACAUUUUAUGCCUUCAGUCCACUGGCCGGAAGUCAGCUAACUGGGCGGUACAAGCGCGACACUCAGGAUACAGAUAUUGAAUCCAUGUCCCGCUUCGAUCCCAACACCUUUCAAGGUCGCAAGUACAGGAGGCGAUUCUGGAAAGACGUCAUCUUCGAUGCUGUUGAGCUUAUUAGGGAUGAAGCUCAAAAGUAUGGGCUUACGGAGAUGGAUUGUGCUUUCCGCUGGAUUGAACAUCACUCACAACUUGAUCCUGAGCGAGGCGAUGCGGUGAUCAUUGGAGCCAGCAGUAAGAAGCAGCUGGAGCAGAACUUGGAUCUGCUGGAGAGAGGACCUUUGCCCCAGGAAAUUGUGGAUGUUCUGGACAAAGCGUGGCUGAUUACCAAGGGGAGCGUUAACAAUUAUUGGCAUUAAUUGGCUAUCAGGUUCAAGGCUAUUUUAUUCCUGGCAGUCCCAAUCGUCACCUAUUAUUUUUUCUUGAAUCGAUUAACAUUGUUCGCAUUGCCAUGACCCGGUCAGCCUCUCAUCAAUAUCAUAACAUAAGGUCUUUCAUA